AUGUGCAAUUCUAAAGCCUACGAGAGGAUAUUGAGCAAGGAAGAUCGUUUGAGUUCUCUUCCAGAUGAUAUUUUGGUCAAUAUACUCUCUCGUCUCAAAAUCAAUUCCGCCGUUGCCACCUCCGUCUUAUCCCAUCGAAGGCGCUACCUUUGGACUGGUGUCACCUCUUUCAAAUUCGAUAAUGAUGGACUUUACGUUUCCGAACUAGCCUCAAACAUAAUCUCCAACGCUGUUGUCGACAUCGUUCGACAACUGACAUCUCAGACACUCCGUGUUUUCAAACUUCUGUUACGUUCGCCGUCCAAGUUAUGUAAACCUAGUGUUGCAGAAGCAUGUUUCCGAGAAGUUUGUGGCCGAAACGUAGAGCAGAUCAUUAUUGAAUCGGAUCUCCCUGAUUCUAAGGAUUGCUUUCCUAUUCCCUCGGUUUUGUUUUCUUCCAAGAAUAUGGUAGUUUUGAUAUUAAAUGGUGUAAUUCAAUUUAAUUUACCAGAAAAUACAGAUAAACACUUGUCCUUAUCAGUUUAUGGGGAGUCUUGCUAA